AUGACCAAGCUCUCCACCACAUUCGCGGCCCUCGCUGUGCUCCUCCCCGUCAUCACGCUCGGCCGGGCGGCAGAGCGGGGCCAAUGUGGUGGGAUCGGCUGGAGCGGCGCGACAACCUGCGUCUCCGGCGUCGUCUACGCCCCCGACAACAACCACUGGUGGCUCGACCCCGACGUCACCUCGACCGUGACCAGCUUGAACAAGCUCGCCCAGGCGGCGGGGAAGAAGUACUUCGGGAGCGCGACUAACAACCCAGAGCUGACCAACACGGCGUACGUCGCCAUCCUGAGUGAGACGAGUGAGUUCGGGCAUAUCACUCCCGGGAACAGCAUGAAGUGGGCUGACGAUCACCGACAGGACGCGACCGAGCCGAGCUGGGGCACGUUCACGUUCACGAACGGCGACGUCGCCGCAAGGCCGCGCUCACGACGGACGGCAGCUGUGCUCGCGCUCCUGGGCAUGCAGCGAGGACAGUGUGGGACGGUGGUGGUGCACUAUGUGCACAGCGUGCGCGCGACGUACGCGGUGCUUGCCGCACUCAUCGCCCCGCAACUCACCUUCAACGUGCUCGUGGUGCGUGUCAUCGCGUUCCACACGCUCAACCACCAGCGUGCAGGCAUCGCAUGGAAGGCGUUCUGCACCAGCCUCGACGACCCUUGUCGUCGUCAGAGGACGGCACACUACAAAGCGCCACGCCGCCCGCCGUCCCCGGCCCCUCGGCCGUCCAUGCAUCCCCACCAACCCGACCCGCCCCCCGCCCCCCCCCCCGGGUCCGCGUGCACGCACCGCACGCUUGGCGCGCCCUUCCAUGCGCUCUUCCCACCUGGGAGCCUGUCGGACGUGCAGAUUGUGCGCAUGCUCGCCACGUUCGCGCGCGACUGGUACGUGCUGUGGCCUGCGCCCGUGGGGCUCGGAUCAGGGUCAGGGGCGGUCAUCGCGCCGCACGCGUACAUGCAGACGUUGGCCCCACGGGUCACCACGGGUUCCCGAGGGUUCACCCUACGGGUGCACGGGUCAGCCAAGCACGACCCGGACCCGGACCCGUGGCACCCGACCUGCCAACCCGCACGGGUGGCCACCACCCGUGGCGGCGCCUCCAACUUGACCACCACGAUCUCGAGUUGGACCACUGCCAGCUGCCAUCAGGACGACAUGAACUGCCUCCGGACGCUCAACGUCAACGCCGUCGUCUCAGACUUGAUGACCCUUGCCGCCUGCAUCACCCAUUGCAACUCCAAGGGCCACACGAUCACCAGGCUCGAGUACGCGCGCGAGUGCUACCGCGGCGCGUCCUUCAUCAACAGCGGCGGCGCGCUCAUCGCGGACGCCACAACGCAACUGCAUGCCCUGCUCUGGCGACUUCACCGCUCCGGCUCGGGCACCAGCUCCGCGACGAAGACCGGCGCGGUGCUCGCCGCGCCGACCGGCUCGACUUCAACCUGCGGCUCGCACGUGCCGGUCAAGCAGAACCACAAGCACAAGGCGUUCAGGCGCAUGCACGAGAACUUGGGCCUGUUCCGAGCAGGGAACGCGGGCCCUCCAGGCGCGCGCAUGCGCAUGCCGUCGCUGGCGAGGAGUGAGGUCUACCUCGUGCAAUUCUCUUCGGCUAUUCGCCAAUUGAAGAAGACGGCUCAUGGACGGCUUGGGCGGCUUGGGCUCGGCUUUGGUAAUCACAGCCAAAAUCAGAGCCAUGGCUCGAGUUUUGGCUUCCUCGGAGCCAUCCUGAGCCGAGCCAAGCCGAGCCAAGCCGAGCCAAGCCGAGCCAUCGCAACACUAAUCGGGCCCGGUGGGGGCCCAUACAAGGAGAAAGUACUGAUAGUCGCCAAACCCCCCGAUGCGGAGUCACUGCCUCCGGUUACACCUGCUCCUUUGGUCAUUGGCUGGCGGCCGGGCUACGCCGGUGGUCUUUACAUGAAUGGGAUCUCGGCCUGGGGCCAAGGUCCAAGCGUCAUGCUGAUAACGGCAGAGCGCCCGGAGGGACGCCCCGUACUUGGCUCCGAACUCCCCACGACUCCCGGGCCGCACGGGCAGUCGGCGCGGCAGAACCCCCAGCCCAAAAGUAGAGCCGAGGGGUGGGGGGCCAGGGGGUCGAACCCCGGAUCCCGGUAUUUUCCCGGUCCCACGGGUGACCUCGCCCACAAGGCACUGGUACCGCUGCUCCAGGCGGCCCCAGAGGGACUUUGA